CCCCGGGCAGCCUGGCCGCCCCGGGCCCGCCCGCCGCCCCCGCGGAGCACGGCCCGGCCCGGCGCGGCACGGCGCGGCACGGCGGCCAUGGAGCGGCGCGGGGGCCGGCGGCAGGACUCUGGAGAUAGUGUUUCUGAGCUACGGGAAUGGAGACCAGCCAUUUACAGAAAGUGUACGGACACUCUCUGGCUGCUCCUCUUCUGUCUUUUCUGGGCUGGUUUGAUGUUUAUAAGUGGCUAUGCUGUGGUGGCUGGUGCUGCAGAAAGACUUGUGCUUGGAUAUGACAGCUUUGGGAACAUAUGUGGUCGGAAGAACACUCCUGUAGAAGGGGCAAAUCUUUCUGGAUUAGACAUGACUAAUAAAAAGUAUGUGUUCUUUCUGAAUUCAUGCAGCCUGGAAAUACAAAGCCUCAAAAGCAGUUCACUUUCCUUGUGCGUGGCAAGUUGUCCACAACAGCAGCUGGACUCUUUGGAAGAUCUACAGAGUUUUGCAAGGAAUAAUGGUUCUUCCCUUUGCAUUUACAACCUGAAUGUUUCCAGUUACACACUAAAUCCAAAGGCAGCUCAGCUGUGUCCCACACUGCCAGUUCCACCAAGUAAAUCCUUUCCAUUAUUUAAUCGCUGUGUUCCACAAAAUCCUGAAUGCUAUUCCAAAUAUGCAUCUGUCCUAAUAAGUAUGGUUAAUGAAAUGGAUGUUUUUCAUCGGAUUCUGAGUGGAAUAUUGGCAGGACAAGAUACUGUGGUAGGACUGAGUGUCCUUGCACUAGCUCUCUCUUUGAUACUGGUUUUAGCCUUCAGAUUCAUUCAGACCCUCUUCAUCCAUACUCUGAUUGCACUGGUUGUAUUUGGGUUGUUGUUUGGCUCAGGUGUUCUCUGGUGGCUCCAUUACGACUACAGGAAUGACCCCAGCACUGAACUGGAAACAGAAAAGGAAAAUGUAAAGUUCCUACUUGGAUAUGCCAUCUUCUCAACAAUUGUCACUGUUGUUCUGCUGUCCCUUAUAUUUGUACUAAGAAAGAGGCUUCCAUUCUCUGUACAGCUCUUUCGAAUUGUUGGCAAAAUCAUUGGCAGAAUUCCUUUCCUCCUGUUCCAGCCACUCUGGACUUUUCUGAUUCUCAUUGUGUUCUGGGUAUUUUGGGUUGCUGUACUGCUUAGCUUAGGAACUGCAGGUACUGCACAGUCCACUUCGGGAGGACAAGUAGAAUACAGAGCUCUGUCUGGAAUUUGCUACAUGGCAUGGUAUCAUUUCCUUGGCCUUAUCUGGACUAGUGAAUUCAUUCUUGCCUGUCAGCAAAUGGUGAUUGCUGGGGCAGUGGUUACUUGUUAUUUCAACAGAAAUAAAAAUAACCCACCACCUCACCCAGUCCUGUCUUCCAUAUCAGUUCUUUUCUGCUACCACCUAGGAACUGCUGUGAAAGGCUCAUUUCUAAUCACAAUACUGAGAAUACCAAGGAUUGUUCUCUUGUACCUUUACAACAUCCUAAACCAAAAGAGGAAUGCAAAGCACCAGUUCAACUGCUGUUUCUGCUGGGUUUGCAUCCAGAAGAGUUGCUUAAGAUACUUUAACCAGGUCCAUCUGCAGCCAGUUGGCAAAGUGACUCCUCCAAAGUACAGUGCCUGGGUUUCUGAAGCGGUUGCUGAGCAGGGUGUGGUUUCUGUGUUCAUCAGCACGGUUGCUGCAGUGCAGCCUUCUGGGCUGUCAGUGAAUUCAGCAGGGUGUGAGCCCCAUCUCCUGGGACAAAGACCCUUCCUGGGGACUGAAAGCCAGCAAUUGUCCAGUGUAAUAAACCAAAAGCAAGUCUGUCUAAUGGCUGUAUAUUCAUAGCAGUUGGUUGUCUCUUAAAAUUUGGAUGGAAGCCUAUCAGGAGGUUUCAGUUAAAUGCCUUGUGGAGAAUUCACCUAGAUAAAACCAAAAUUCAUGCAUGCUAUUGUAAAGCACAGUUCUCUCCAUGCCAAACACAUGUGCCUCACCCCAUCAAGUACUUAUUUUUCCUCCCAAAAACAAUAAUGCAUUUUAAUGUUGUUGGCAAUAUUGCUUCUAGUUAUAAUUUUUCAAUCCUCUUGAAAAUACAAGGACUGGAAUAUCCUGUGACAAAUGAAGGGCAAGAGCAAUCCCGUUAGCCAUCUAUGAGACAGCAGGGAGGGGUAAAAGCCUGACAAGAUCAGCAGAAAAAUAGAGUAGAUCUAAACUGUGCAUGAAUAAAUGUCUGGAAGUUGGAAGUUCCUAAGGACCAGCGGGACAACUGUCUGGAGCAGCUCCAAAUGUAAGGCCCAGGACAGGGGAAGUCCUAAGUGAUUUAAAGAAGGGGUUUUCCACUUAAGAGAAGAUUGGCAUAAUAUGCUAAUCUGAAAUAGGCACUGGAGUGGCUGAAAGUCCCUUCCAGUCUUGUAUGUCCUCACCUCUUCAGUGAGGCCUCACGAGGCUCAUCUUGCUCUCAUUUCCCACCAUCUGAGAGUCAUGAUACAACUCUCUCACCAGACCACUAACUGCUGCACAGCAGCCACACUCAUUGCCUCUUGCUACCACUGGAUUUUGUUUUCUAAGUGGCUUCCACUGGCAUCAGUGACACUUGCAGGUUAGGACACUUUAAGGUCCAGCCUGAGCUGCACUGCACUGCACUGGGGGUAGCUGACCCCAAGAGAGGGCAGCUCCCAAGAGAUUGGCAGUGAUAAGAUCAGAUCGGUUUGAAAACACCAGGAGUGCAGAAAAAGCUGAACUGGGAUGAGAAAUCAGCAUGUCUCCUUCUUCCUUUUUAAGAAGAUUCUGUUGCUAUGGCAAUUUUCUCUUCCCCAAGCUCAUUUUAUGAAAGCAAGCCCUAGAAUGGAGGACUGAAUUCAGCUGUUACACAAAGUAGCAAUUAUUCUCAACAAUUGGGGAACUUACAGCCUGGAUCUGAGCCACAGCGCCUUUCUCAUGAAACUACCAGGUCACUUUUUCCAAGACCUUUGACAUUCUGUGUUGUGAGGCACAGAAGGAUAUAUUCUUUAAAUAGAUUUUUUUUGCAUACUGUGGUAUUUAGAAAUAUGUAAACAUUCCCUAUUUAUUCAUCCUGACACUGAGAAAUCAGUGUCUAGUUCCCAGGCCCCAAGCCAGAAGAGGCUUGUGUUCUUCAGAGAGGUGGUGAUAUGAGAUCAACUUGUUGGUGGAAGAAUAAAUGCUGAUCCCAAUCCACUGUUCCCUGUGCUUUCAAUGCUACCAAUGCCACCAUUACUUGCUUGUCACCAGAGCAGAGACUACCAUUGGAAAAGACCAAUCCAUUGGGCCAAGAUAAAAAUAUAAGUUAUAAUAUGUAUAUAAGGAUCAGACUGAAUCUCUUUCUAGCUCAGUAUCCCAUCUUCAGCAGUAAAUGUGAGCAAAUGCUAAAGUAGAACGAAAGGAUAUUUCCCUGCCUCUGUGCUGUUCUUGAUCUGCUCUCAACCUAGGGACUUCUUGAGCUGUGUGUUUAAUAACUCUCAGCAGACUCCUUUUCCUGAAAUUCCCCAUCUCUGUUGAGCUCGUGUGAACUUCUAGCAGCUAAAGCAUCCUUUGCCCAGCAGUCCAGUUUGCAGAUUUAUGGUGAGAAGGAAUACUGCCUGCUUUCAAAUUUGGCUCCUACUUCUUCAUACUGUCCUGCCCCUGCCUGGCUUUUGUUCUGGAAGAAACAGUGAGCCAUGUAAGCCUACACAGCCUCUGCAUUUCCCAUGAGUCAGCAGCCCUCUUGCUGCAUCCUCCUUCAGCUGUGUCUUUUCCAGACAGAAGAGCCUCACGUUCCCCAGACAGAAGACAUUCCAUGCCUUUUGGAUCAUUCCUGCUGCCCUUCUCCCAAACGUUUUCAAAUCCACUAAAGCUUUUGUGCAUGGAAAAAUAUAUUCUGUAGAAACACAUAUUUAAAUAACCUGUUUCUAAAUGUUAGCAGGUUCUUAACUGGCCAUGGUCUACCAUCUUAGCCUUCA